CGCCGCCCGCGCGGCUCUGUCGCCGCCGCCAUCGCCAACGGCUUCGACAGCGAUGACGGCCGAGAACGACCAAAGCAGCAGCACAGGCAACAACCAGCUACGGCUGCUGCCGGGGACCGUGAUCCUGCAGCCGGGCGACCCCAUCGAGUUCUGGCACGCGCAGGGCCUCGUCCUGGGCAACUACGAGAGCCCCGUGCCGGGCCGGCAGUCCCUCCUCGUCCGCACGGAGGCCGGCGAGCCCCUGACAAUCGACGCCGGACAGAUCGUGGGCGUGUGGCGAGAGGACGAGAUGAGCGGCCACCUGCCGCUCGGGAGAGUAACAGCGGGUGCCGACGGCGACGACGGCGGCGACGGCGGUAGUAGCGCCGCNGACGGCGGUAGUAGCGCCGCCGUCGUCGCGGGGUGGGCGGAGGUCAGGGAGAAGAUCAGGGCGCUGCUGCAGGGCAUGCCGGCGAGGGGUCUUGACGUGGGGGCGUUUUGGAGAGCGGCGAGCUCGAGAGGGAAAGGUUUUGUGGUGACGCCGGCCCACGCGGCGGAGUUCCUCUUCGGCGCGGAGAGCCCGGCGAAGCUCGGCCUGAGGAAGCGACCGCCUUUCCAGUUUCGAAGCCCCGGAGAGGCGUUCCGGCCGAGCGCGGUAGAGCGGGCGGCGGCGGCGCAGGUGCUCGCGGGCGAGCGAAGCCGCUUCAAGCGCGUCGUCUCGAAGCGGUUGGGACCAGCUGGUGUUAGCCCUGACGGUAGGGGCGGUCGUCGCAAGCAGAGGGCGAGAGGGGCCGGCAAGGGAGGGGGGGCAGAAGGCGAGGUUCUAGUAGCAGAUGUGGGAGACGGUGCGGUGGGGGUAAGAGGAGGGGGGGGGCGUGGAGGCACCGUGAAUGCACAAUGCCGAGACGAACGGAAACAAGAGGAGGAGGAGGACCUGAGCCAGCCGGUGUUGAUAAGCGUAGGCGGGUUCAAGGCCGUGGAUCAGAGCGUCGCCGUCACGCGAGAGGUGGCCGACUUCUGCCGCGUGGUAGGGGAGGUCAAGAGGGCGGCGGCGGCCGGGGUCGCCGCGGGGUACGGGGACGCGGCGGCGGCAGAGGAGGGAGGGGCCGGGAGCGCCCUGGCGAGGGCGAGGUUGUUCGAGCCCGCCUUCUUGCUGAUCCUCCAUAGUCUAGAGGCAUUCGCGAUAGGCGGGGACGAGCAAUCCCUGAUACCGGAGGCCAAACGAGUAAUGGUGGACAUCACAGGGAAGGCCAACUCCACGGCAGCGAAGUGCAUUCUCGUUGACGUGGGGCUGUGGACCUCCCGCAGACAGCCGGAGGAGGGGGGUGGGAAGCCCGGGGAAGAAGUGGGCGAGGUCGGAAGAGACGAGGCCGGAGAGGAAGGCGGGGUGAUUCCGUGGUCGGCGGAGGCGCUAGAGGCGGCGACGGCACUCGGGGGGGAGAGGGCGAGAAGACGGGUAAACUACGGGAAAAGACGGCCGCUGGAGGAGGUCGGCGCUCCCGCUCCUUUCGGCAGGCACGUAUUGCACGACUUCCGAGGGGCGAGCUUCGGGGUGUACUGCAUCGACGGGGCCGGCACGAGGUUCCUAGACGACGCAUUCUCCGUGGACCCGGAGACCCGCGAGGUCUUCAUCCACAUCACCGACGUUCAGGGCCUGGUGCCCACGGGGAGCACCCUGGACGACGUUGCGAGGAUGAGAGCAGCGUCCGAGUACCUACCGCAGGGCCCCCUGUUCAUGAUGCCCCCGAUGGCCCUGAAGGCCAUGUCCUUCAGCGACAAGGGCGUGAACGAGGCGGUUACGGUCGGGAUCCGGCUAGACCCCAAGACGGGGGGGGUUGCGUCGUCCCGGGUGAUGCUGACCACCCUUCCGCCUGCGGUGCCCCUCACCUUCGACCAGACCGACAGGUUAUUGGAGGCCACCGAGAAAGGGGAGACCGGGGACGGGAGGCUUGCCCGAGUAGCGAAGGAGAUCCAGGCGUUAGAGUACGUCGGAAGGCGGAGCGCCGAGGCGAGCGGGCGGAGGGAGCGGGGCAGGGAGGGGGUCAAGUUCCGCAAGGGGGCCGGCGGGGAGACGCAGGCGCUGGAAGUGGCCGCUUCCAGGCAAAGCCUUGUCGACGAGCUUCUGACCGUGUACACGCAGGAGGUGUACCGCCUGUGCAAGAGGGCCGGGGUGGCGAUGCCCUCGCUCGUGGGGCAGCAGGACCGGGUGGCAACCGGACGCUCCAGGUACGGUACGGGGCCCCUGCGGCGAUACAUCGACAUCUUGGCCCAGCGGCAGAUCGCCGCGAUCCUCAGGGGCUCCGGCUACCUUAACAAGAAGGACCUCAUGGAGACGGCGAACUACCUAACCUGGAGGCAGAACAAGACCCGAGCCUCCCGCGACGAGGAGGCCAGCCGCCUCUCCCUCGAAGCCCUGGCCGCGCACUGCCUCGCCCAGACCAGGGCGACCGGCCUCGAGCACGCCGUCGUGCCCGCUCGCGGCACCGGACGGGGUAGGGAGGUGCGGCUGGAGGGGCUGGGAGGAGUUGGCAGAGGAGGCGGAGGAGGAGGCGUUUGCGUGCACGCGAAGCGGGCCCCAGGCAGCGGUGGGAGGGGUGUCGCGAUUCGGAAGGGACAGGCCGUGAGGGUAGUGAUCCAGAAGGUCGAGCCGCAGCUCAAGCAGGUGGUGGCGACGGAGUUUGUCGACGGCAUGGAGGGCGGGGCAGGAAGAGGAGGUGGCCGGGGCGCGGAUGUGACGCAGGCCGGAGACAAGUAGAGGGGGGCAGCGGUAGAGGAGAAUCGCGCACACGUGUGUGUCCGUGCCGCUGUGUCCAAUUUUGACUGGCUCGGGAUAGUCGAGGUGGUCGCCGUGAAGUGUUUUGUCCGGUCGGUGGGCUUUGGGAGGACGUAGUGCGCACGGUGGGUUGGGUCCACCUUUGAUUGGUUCGGGAGAUGAUCGACAUUUUGCGCGAUAUUGACUGUUGCCGUGUGUGCGCUUUUCGAGGGAUUUUUGCUGUCGGAACGGAUGCAUAUGUCAUGUGAGAUGAAAGGUGUCCGGCCGUUGUGCCGUGGCACGUGCGAAGAGGUCCGUCCUACCCAAGCGGUUUUUCGCCUCGCGCUGUGUUUUCACUUUUAGUUGUUCGUGUUGUUUGGCGGGCUUGGGCGCUGAGUCGUAGUCCUGCGUGAAUGGAAGUGCAGAACUAAGUACACUUUGGAACAUGGGAGACGCGGGGUGGCGGGGAAGAUUUUCGUACUAGAAAGGGAACGCAGGUACUAGUUCAGGACGGAGGGUGUGCGUUGUUGCUGCCAACUUUUGAUUUUGCAUGUAGGCCUCCCCGCCCCGAGACACGCGAACGGGCGCCAAAGGUGGAAAUUUUGUUUGCUUUGGAGAACCAGGAGGAAACGUCGAGCGUGAGAAACACGGUGCCGACUCGGGGACGUUCUUGUCCUGACUCUUCCCCUGGUGAGUGAAGGCCGCGGUCGAAUGCGAAUUU